CCCCAGUUGCUCGCGCUGGAGGUUCUGCCUACUCGCAGUCAGGCGGGCAGAGAAGAGGAAAGACAGAGAGGAGAGAGAGAGAGAGAGCAGGAAAGAGAAGGGGAGAGAGAAAGAGAAGAGGAAGACAAGGGAGAGGUAGAGAGAGGCAGGGCGAGGCAGUAGCGAAGCAGCGGCGUGUUUAUUUCCACCCGGGCGAGUUGUGAGUGUCGAGUUGUGCAGCAGCAGCAGCGCCGAGUGUCACUAUGGAUCACCAUUAUGAUGGAGAGGAGAACGACUACAUGCAGCAGGAGGACGACUGGGACAGAGACCUGCUGCUGGAUCCAGCCUGGGAGAAGCAGCAGAGGAAGACGUUUACAGCCUGGUGUAACUCUCACCUGCGGAAAGCCGGGACUCAGAUUGAGAACAUCGAGGAGGAUUUCAGAGACGGACUCAAACUCAUGCUCCUCCUAGAGGUCAUCUCAGGAGAGCGUCUGGCUAAACCGGAGAGAGGGAAGAUGAGGGUGCAUAAAAUAUCAAAUGUAAACAAAGCGCUCAAUUUCAUCGCCAGCAAAGGAGUCAAACUGGUGUCCAUUGGAGCAGAGGAGAUUGUUGACGGAAACGCUAAGAUGACGCUGGGAAUGAUCUGGACCAUCAUCCUUCGCUUUGCCAUCCAGGACAUUUCAGUGGAAGAAACCUCAGCUAAAGAGGGGCUCCUGCUGUGGUGCCAGAGGAAAACUGCACCAUACAAAAACGUCAACAUCCAGAACUUCCACAUCAGCUGGAAGGAUGGUUUGGGGUUCUGUGCACUCAUCCACAGACACCGUCCAGAGCUCAUCGAUUACGGCAAACUGCGCAAGGAUGACCCCAUGACCAACCUGAACACAGCGUUCGACGUCGCAGAGAAAUACCUGGACAUCCCGAAGAUGCUGGAUGCAGAGGAUAUAGUCGGUACGGCUCGCCCGGAUGAGAAGGCCAUCAUGACCUACGUCUCUAGUUUCUAUCACGCCUUCUCGGGGGCGCAGAAGGCGGAGACGGCAGCCAAUCGGAUCUGCAAGGUGCUGGCCGUCAAUCAGGAGAACGAGCAGUUGAUGGAGGACUAUGAAAAACUGGCCAGUGAUCUGUUGGAGUGGAUCAGAAGAACCAUCCCUUGGUUGGAGAACCGUGUUCCUGAGAGCACCAUGCAGGCUAUGCAGCAGAAGCUGGAGGACUUCCGCGAUUACCGCCGUCAGCACAAACCUCCCAAAGUCCAGGAGAAAUGCCAACUGGAGAUCAACUUCAACACCCUGCAGACCAAACUGCGCCUCAGCAACCGGCCGGCCUUCAUGCCUUCAGAGGGGAAGAUGGUGUCGGACAUCUCUAACGCGUGGGGGGCGCUAGAGGGAGCAGAGAAAGGCUACGAGGAAUGGCUGCUGAACGAAAUCCGCAGACUAGAGAGACUGGAUCACCUGGCCGAGAAAUUCCGUCAGAAAGCAGCGAUUCAUGAGGCCUGGACUGAGGGUAAGGAGGCGAUGCUGACGCAGAAGGAUUAUGAGACGGCGUCUCUGUCGGAGAUUAAAGCCCUGCUGAAGAAACACGAGGCCUUCGAGAGUGACCUUGCCGCCCACCAGGACCGUGUGGAGCAGAUCGCAGCCAUCGCCCAGGAGCUCAAUGAGCUGGAAUAUUACGACUCUCCGAGCGUGAACGCGCGCUGCCAGAAGAUCUGUGAUCAGUGGGACGCUCUCGGAGCUCUGACUCAGAAACGCAGUGAGGCCUUGCAGAGAACAGAGAAGCUGCUGGAGACGAUUGAUCAGCUGUACCUGGAAUUUGCCAAAAGGGCGGCGCCCUUCAACAACUGGAUGGAGGGAGCAAUGGAGGACCUGCAGGACACCUUCAUCGUCCACACAAUCGAGGAGAUACAGGGUUUGAGUACGGCUCACGAGCAGUUCAAAGCGACUCUCCCUGAAGCCGAUAAGGAGCGGCAGGCCAUUCUGGGGAUCCACAACGAGAUCGCCAAAAUCGUUCAGACGUACCACGUUAACAUGGCCGGGACCAACCCAUACACCACCAUCAACCCAACGGAGAUCAACGCCAAGUGGGACAAGGUGAGGCAGUUGGUGCCUCAGAGGGAUCAGGCUCUAAUAGAGGAACAUGCACGGCAGCAGAAUAACGAACGACUGCGCAGACAGUUCGCUAACCAGGCUAACGUCAUCGGACCCUGGAUCCAGACCAAGAUGGAGGAGAUCGGUCGCAUCUCCAUUGAAAUGCACGGCACUCUGGAGGACCAGCUGACCCACCUGCGGCAGUACGAGAAGAGCAUCGUUAACUACAAACCAAAAAUAGACCAGCUGGAGGGAGACCACCAGCAGAUCCAGGAGGCGCUAAUAUUCGACAACAAACACACCAACUACACCAUGGAGCAUAUCCGUGUCGGCUGGGAGCAGCUCCUGACCACCAUCGCCCGAACCAUCAACGAGAUCGAGAAUCAGAUCCUGACCCGAGACGCCAAGGGCAUCAGCCAGGAGCAGCUCAACGAGUUCAGAGCUUCAUUCAACCACUUUGACCGGGACCACUCAGGCACUCUGGGCGCUGAGGAGUUUAAAGCGUGCCUCAUCAGCCUGGGCUUCGAUAUCGGCAACGACGCUCAGAAGAGAACAGGCUUGAUGGACGGCGAAGAUUUCCGCACCUGCCUGAUCUCCAUGGGUUAUAAUAUGGGCGAAGCGGAGUUCGCUCGGAUUAUGAGCAUCGUGGAUCCUAACAGGCUCGGGGUUGUGACCUUUCAGGCCUUCAUCGACUUCAUGUCACGCGAAACAGCAGAUACAGACACGGCUGACCAGGUCAUGGCCUCCUUCAAAGUGCUGGCCGGAGACAAGAAUUACAUCCUGGCAGAGGAGCUGAGGCGUGAACUCCCUCCAGAUCAGGCGGAGUACUGCAUCAGCCGCAUGGCGCCGUACACCGGUCCCGACGCCGUCCCCGGAGCGCUCGACUACAUGUCCUUCUCCACCGCUCUGUAUGGAGAGAGUGACCUCUGAACCCUGGCCUCUGACCCCGGGGGUCAGCUUGCCUUCGCCUGAUCUCUCACACUCACACACAGCCUCUGCUCUGCGGCCGCUGAACUGGAGUGACCAGUCCGCGCUGACCUAGGACCGAUAUAUAUAUAUACCAUAUUAGUGUAUACUGGUAACCAUGGCAACAGUGAAGGCAGAAAUAUGUUAUUGCUGUGUUAGUUACCUGAUAGUGACCGAUACGCAGUGAGGGCCUGAUAAUGACCGAUACGCAGUGACGGCCUGAUAGUGACCGAUACGCAGUGACGGCCUGAUAGUGACCGAUACGCAGUGACGGCCUGAUAGUGACCGAUACGCAGUAAGGGCCUGAUAGUGACCGAUACGCAGUAAGGGCCUGAUAAUGACCGAUACGCAGUGAGGGCCUGAUAGUGACCGAUACGCAGUAAGGGCCUGAUAGUGACCGAUACGCAGUGAGGGCCUGAUAGUGACCGAUACGCAGUAAGGGCCUGAUAGUGACCGAUACGCAGCGAGAGCCUGAUAGUGACCGAUACGCAGCGAGAGCCUGAUAGUGACCGAUACGCAGCGAAGGCUGGUGAUUCAGACGCGUUCUGUACGUACGCUAAUUAUGCGCCUUGUGUGUGGAAAAACGCAGGAUGCGGGAGGAUCGAGGAUCGAGGUGGGUGGGGAUAUUACACCUGCAGCUGAUUCCAUUUUCCACCGGUUUAUUAAGGUUUUAGCCUCUCCCAUUAUUCCAAAGUUAAAUUCAGGCAUGUCGUCUGCAUACACUGCCUGGCCUUUUUAUCGGAAACACCUACUAAAUAGGCCCAAACCUUCAACGUGCCCCUUUGUGGUAGGUCAUUCCGAUAAAAAGGCCAGUCGUCCGUCUGUCCAGUUCAUUAGGAAUACCUACCUACACUGCCUGGCCUUUUUAUUGGAAACAUCUAUAUGGUAGCCGUUUCCAGUAAAAAGGCCAGUUGUCCAUCUGUUCAGUAUAUUAGAAAUAGCUGCCUACACUGACUGGCCUUUUUAUUGGAAACACCUACCUUAUAGGAACACGUAGGUUUACAUUCUCAGACAGUUUCUGACCACAGAGCCGCUUUUGGCUGGAUAUUUUUGGGGGUGAUGGUCACUCAGAACCUAGCAGUGACACUGACGAUGGGGACUUACAUAUGGCGUUUUUUUUUCUUUAUACAUUUUGUGCACAGUUUCUAUUUAUUAGCUUAGUGUCACAUACUGGGAAAAAAUAAAAUGGAAAAUAUAAAAUAACCUUCGCAAAGGCCACAAUUUAUGUUAAGGGGUUUACAAUAAAGUGGCCACUCAGUGUGCAGCAUCACUCAUGUACCUAUAACGUGUUUCCCAGUUUCACUGUUGCCAUGGUUACAGCCCUUCGUGUUUUCUGCGGUCUGGUCAGUCUGACCUUUGACCUCAGAUCAGCCGGCCGGAGCAGCUUCUACCAGCAUGGCUCAAUGACGCUCAAUUUUUUGUACGCUCCUUUUUACCCCCUUCCCUCCCGAGCCCCCCGCCCUUUACAGUGUGUGUGUGUGCGUCAUAUAGCGACUUCUUGCUCUGUCCGUUUUAUCGCUUCUGCAGCACCGGAAAGCUCCCUCAGCCUUUUUACUCGGAGGAGAGAGAGAGAGAGAAAAAUCCUUUCUGUUUUUACUUCGUUUUUUUUUUUUCUCUUCAUAAAAAAAUAA